CGUUCGUGACCUACACAUCACUAGCCAGAGGCGCAACGACAGCAGAAGCAGCGACCGACUGGAGCGACGAGAAGAAGGGAACCGACGGCCCUUCGGUUGAGCUGAACUACUUGGAGAUUUCGGGGGCGAAAAGAAGCGACGAUUACUAAAAUGACCAGAGGAAACCAACGUGAGCUUGCACGUGCGAAGAAUGCCAAGAAAAGUGGUGACAAUGGUAAAGGAAAGAGGGGCGACGAUGGGCUGUCUGCUGCUGCUCGGAAGCAGAGGGAUGCCGAGAUAAUGCAACAGAAGCAGAAAAAGUCGGAUGGCCCUGGCCCUAGCCCUAGCCCUGGGGAAAAAGAAGACACCACAUCCAAGUAAAGGAUGAAGUCGGAGACAAAUUCAACUCUGUGCUUCAAUAACAUCCCAUGUUCAGCAUUCUUCCUGAUAUUUAUGAGAAUGGUUCUGUCAUUUUUGUCAAGAAUCUAGGAUCCUACAUUCUUCCCUAUGGCAAAUGACAUUGCUUGUUGGAUUUGUUAUAUUUACUUGGUGAAAUUAUGUCAGAGCAAGUUAACGGUUGUCCCACGUUGGUGCUGCAUGCAGAGGAGCAUCAGUGGUGUAAACAGCAGGAGAAAGAUGAACAAUUCUUGACACAAAGCACCCACGUAACAGUUGUGUAUUUUUGUACAAAAAUGUCCCCUGCUGGUUUCAAAUAAAGUGUAUCUUUUUAGUUCA